CCGGGAUGCUCCGGGGGGGCCAACAUGGCGGCGCCGCUGGCGCUCGUGGACUUCAGUAAUCCAGGCCAGUUGCUGAUGAAAUGAGACUGCAGGAGGUUAUUGCAUUGGUGCAUUUUUGAAUGAAAUCCAAACAGUUAUUUUCUGUGGAGUGGGUUAAAGCCCCUAAUUACCAGUUUACAUGUGUAGGUCACUGCGUUACUGUGUUAGUCAUUGUCUCUAUGCAGCAAUGACAAGCCUGGAAGAAGCAAACAGAGAAGUGAACAUGCAUUCGUCAGUCAGAUAUCUUGGCUAUUUAGCCAGAAUCAGUCUGUUGGUUGCUAUCUGCAUGGGCCUUUAUGUCAGAUGGGAGAAAACUGCAGAUGCAUUAAUACUGGUAAUUUUUAUCCUGGGACUUUUUGUUCUUGGAAUUGCCAGCAUACUUUACUACUAUUUUUCAAUGGAAGCAGCAAGUCUGAGUCUCUCCAAUCUUUGGUUUGGUUUUUUGCUCGGUCUCCUCUGCUUUCUUAAUAACUCUUCUUUUAAAAAUGACGUGAAAGAAGAAGCAACCAAGUAUUUGCUCCUUUCCUCCAUUGUUUUAAGGAUAUUGUGUGCUUUGGUUGAGAGGAUUUGCGGCUGUAUCCAUCAUCGACCAACUCUGCUGACAACAGUUGAAUCUCUGGAGCUGGUUGGAUUUGCAAUCGCCAGUACAACUAUGCUGGUAGAGAAAUCCAUGAGUAUCAUCCUAUUGGUUGUGGCUUUAGCCAUGUUGAUUGUUGACUUACGUAUGAAGUCUUUCCUGGCAAUUCCAAAUUUGGCAAUUUUUGGAGCCCUUGCUUCUUUGUUGUUUUUUCCUUCACUGAACAUCCCUACAAAUCCAUUUGCCUUGGCAUGUUUCUUUAGCUGCCUCAUUUCAGACCCUCUUCUUGAUGUCUACUUCAGCGGACUUUCAGUUACUGAAAGAUGGAAGCCCUAUUUGUACCGUGGUAGAAUUUGCAGAAGGCUUUCCGUCAUUUCUGUUGGAGUCAUUGAACUUAUCUUUUUCGUUCUAGCUGCUUUUAAACUACGUGACUUGCAUCUCUGGUACUUUGUGAUACCUGGUUUUUCCAUUUUUGGAAUUUUCUGGAUGAUUUGCCAUAUUAUUUUUGUAAUAACUCUUUGGGGAUUUCAUACCAAAUUAAAUGACUGUCACAAAAUCUACUAUACCCACAGGGCAGAGAACAACUGCCUUGAUAGAGUCAUGGCUUCUAAAGGAGUACGUCAUUUUUGUUUAAUUUCAGAGCAAUUAGUAUUUUUCAGCCUCCUUUCAACUGCUGUUUUGGGUGCAGUGUCAUGGCAGUCAACCAAUGGGAUCUUCAUGAGUGUGUUUCUAAUUGUUUUACCUCUGGAAUCCAUGGCUCAUGGACUUUUCCACGAACUGGGGAAUUGUUUGGGAGGAACAUGCGUUGGAUAUGCUGUUGUGAUUCCCACCAACUUCUGCAGUCCUGAUGGUCAACCAACUCUUCUUCCACCUGAGCAUGUGCAAGAGUUAAAUUUGAGGUCUACUGGCAUGCUCAAUGCCAUCCAGCGAUUUUUUGCAUAUCACAUGAUUGAGACGUAUGGUUGUGACUAUUCUACAAGUGGACUUUCUUUUGAUACGCUUCAUUCCAAGAUCAAAUCAUUUCUUGAGCUUCGGACAGCAGACGGACCCAGACAUGACACUUAUAUUUUGUAUUACAGUGGUCACUCACAUGGCACUGGUGAAUGGGCACUAGCAGGUGGUGAUGCAUUACAGCUAGACACGCUUUUGGAAUGGUGGAGAGAGAAGAACAGCUCUUUUUGUUCACGACUCAUAAUAGUGUUAGACUGUGAGAAUUCUCGGCCCUGGGUUAAAGAAGUGAGAAAAGUGAAUGACCAAUAUGUUGCAAUACAAGGGGCAGAAAUGGCCAGAGUCGUAGACGUUGAGGAAGCAGACCCUCCCCAGCUGGGUGACUUUACCAGAGAAUGGGUCGAAUACAACUGUAAUCCUGACAGUAGCAUCAGCUGGUCUGAAAAUGGACGUACAGUAAAAGCAGUGUACGGCGUGUCAAAACAUUGGAGCGACUACACUCUGCAUUUGCCAACAGGAAGUGAUGUUGCCAAACACUGGAUGAUGUACUUUCCCCGUGUUACCUAUCCGCUAGUGCAUUUGGCAAACUGGUUUUGUGGUCUCAAUCUGUUCUGGUUUUGUAAGGCAUGUUUUAGAUGCUUGAAAAGAUUAAAAAUGCGUUGGUUUCUUCCCGCAGUGCUGGACACAGGACAGGGUUUCAAACUUGUGAAAUCAUAAUUAUGAACCAAAGAUAAGUCAAAGUAGGAGCUCUGGUAACUUUAUGACUUCAGAAUCUGAUUGACUUGAAACUUUUUAUAUGUAACAGAUUUUGCUAAAGAAAUCUGCUACUUCAGUAGCUAUCUUCACUUUGUUCAUCUUUUUGAGCAACUACCGUAUAUGCAAGGGUUAGAAACUGGUCUAUAAAGCAGGUGAGGCUAGAAGUAUUUGAAUUUUGUUACUGAGUUGUAUAUAAACUUAUAAAAGAUAUAUUAAAUAUGACCAUGCACUUUGAAGACAGCUUGCAUGCUCAUAGGUAUUAAACAGAAAACCGCCUAUGUUUUAAAUCAACAAAAAACAUUUUUGAUGGGCGUAAAGAAUAUGGAAACUCUCUCCCCAUCCCACUCCUUCUCAUGUAAAACUUCCAGUUUGAAUUGUUCCACUGCAGAAAAAACAAAACAGAGAGAGUUACAAUAUUGCUUUUUGGGUUAAAAACAAAAUGGGAAGAAAAUUCAGAGGUAAUCUUACCCUCAAGGUUCUUAUCUAAAACUUCUACUGUGCCUAAGAGCUGAAUCCUGUGAAAAACUCAAUGCAAACUUAGGUUUAGUGAGGGGAUUCUUUUUAAACUGAAACCAAUUUUGCAGGAAGGCCAAGUUGGGAUUUUUCCUCUCAGCCCUAAGCAUACCCUAUUCUAUCCUAGUCUCAAUACUUCCAACUACAGAGGAUUGGAAGGGACUGAAGGUCUUAGCAGCACUUCUCCUCAAGUCAGGGAAAUUAUUUUCUGCUUAUAAGGUAACAGAACCUCCAAGCAGAGAUCUUUCUCCAUAUUACUGUGGGCUCUGUCCACCUGGAGCACAGGCGAUCAGGAGCUGAACUCAUAGCUCUUAGACCAGUCCUUUUUACAGUCUUUUAAAAUUGAUUUGAAUAUGCAAAUAAUCUGUAAAACCUAGAUGUUCUUAAAAUAUUUUUCACUAACUUCUAAGCCAGAAUGCUAGUCACUUCAGAAAUGAAGACAAACUGAAAUGCCGUUCAGGAAUUUCAACAAAAAAUUCUUAAAUUUUUUGCCUUCUCAGAUUUUCUACCUGUUGAGUUUUUAACUACCUGGUCAACUAAUUUAGACAAUAUGGUAAUACUGAUGCAUAUUAAUGGAUAACUCCCUAAGGAGACAAAAUGUUCCAUCAGUGAUUGUUUGACACACCAGCAAUCAAAGGGGUUCAUACGGCUAACACUAAGAUCCUUUACAAUGGCAAUUCCUGAAUUCCAACAUGAUUUACAUUCACUGAUAACUUAUUACUCCUUUUCACUGAUAAGUUAUUACUCCUUUCUUAAAUGUCCUUUAUUGUCCCGCAGUAUAUAAAUUACUUUACCAAGAAAAUCAUCCCCUUCACUGCUCCAAAAACAACAAAAAAGGGAUGAGAUAGGAGUGGGUAGAAUCAUAUAUGCAGUCAAGUUUCAUUCUACUUGACUUCAAAAUAUUACUCACCAUUAACUCAGAAGUUCUGAAGAGGAAACAACGUGGAGACAGAACACAGUUCCAAAGAGGAAGCCUCAUCCUACAGACAAAUUUCAAACAAACCAGGAAUAUGGAUGGAGGAGAAAGCAUCUUCAGAGGCAGUAGUUUGGUUUUGUGAAAUCACUGUUAUUUUGGUUACAGUUUUUCUAAGGAUUCAUUUGAUUGCAAUAAUGGACUACUAAUCUGCCUGACAUCAACACCAGCCUUAACUCUGCACUUUGCUCACCCACAAGUCAUGUGGGAGAACCUUAUGCUCUAAGUACUCUUGGAAACGCUCUUGUGUUUCAUGAAGAUUAUCAAUAUAGUCUUCUGUUCCUCUUAAUCAGCUAAGUGCAAAAAGAUCCUAUCUUCUGGAAGAUAUCUGAGAGGUCUGUGCUUAUAAAAAUGUUGAUACCUUUCAUGUAUCUGGAUGUGUGAUACUUCUGACCCAUGUUGGGAGUGUCAGUAGGCUAGUGUGGGGUAUCUAGCAUAUAGUACGAUGAUGGGCAGGACUGGGGCUGUGGCCUGUACCAGAAAAGAACAAGGGAGAAGCUGGUUUAGAGCCUUUUCUAAUGCAGGGGUGGCCAAGAACCCUGUCAUCCAGCUCAUGGGGUUCCUCAUGGGUCCAGAAAUUUGUCAAUGGGGGACUGGUUGUUAGCAUUCAUCGCUGUCUUACCCAAAGCCAUGACCAUUCAUCCUGCUGUCAAAUUUCCAGACCUGUGGGGAACCCUAUGGGUCAGAGACAUAGCCCCAUGCUACUUAUUCAGCCCAUGGGUCUAGAUGACUUAGGCACCACUGGUUUAAUGGAUGGCUUUACAGUUUGUCUGCUAGCUGCAUGAGUAGUGUAAGGGACAGUCCUUAACAUGUUUAAAGUCAGACUAGAAAUUGGUUAAGGAGGCAGAGGUAAGGAGGAUGAUUGGAAAAUUGACUGUGCAUUUCCAGAUUUUCCUGUGGGUGUGGAUUUUUUUAAUGGCAAUAUUUUAGUUUCCUGAGUUUUUAAAACUUGCUUUUUUAACCUUAAUUUUGGAAUCUCUCACUUCUAGAUUUUUAAAAUAAAAACAUUUUUAUAGUGGUGUUUUAAAUAGGAAUCUGCAACCAACCAUCCAAACUGUGUGGCAUUUUUGUGUGUUUUGUAUUGGAGCCUUUCUUCCACUGUUGUCCAAAAGAAGAUCCUAUCCUAUUGGUUUCAUUUAAAGAAAGGACCCUGGAGGCUGGGAAUCUAAGAACUCAGACUGUUAAUUCCUAACUUCCACUCCAGCCACUGAUAGCAAUAGAGCUCCUUAAUGACCUGUGCCCUUCCUGGGCUCUUUCACAAGAUCAGUGGAGACAGAAGUGGAAUUCCCAAGCCACCACAGGGUUAUAGGGCUAUUACCCCCAUGCCAUGUGGUUGCAAGCUCUUAUGGAGGCAAUGUUCUGUCCCUAAACUUGUAAAUAUCACAUAGGGAUAAACAACAUGGAAUGGCCCCUAAAGUUAUUGAUCCUGUUGAUAGAGGAAACUAAGCCACCUGUAACAGUCCUGUAGAACAAUGACCUGCUAAUGCUAAGUGGAAAUGAUUUUUAGAAGCUUUAGCAAAUGGGAACUCCAACCCUGUGAUAAGAACUAUCCAGGCAAACCUUACUGGGACUCUGACUUCAGCAGAAAUCUACCCAAAGUGGUCUCAAUCCAAAAGUCUUGGUGUCAGAAAAUGCCAAUUAAAUCCAGUUCCAAAGAGUAUUAUAACAUGGCAUUAUUUCCAGACUACUGUGCUGGGGUGAAUGCUUCAGGAUGAACUGCGUGGAGAGAGAACGUUGACUCUAGAUUUAAACUGAUUGUUCUGAUGUUUGAUUUCUCGGCUGUCUACUCUGCAACUUCAUUAUAAAAGUAUAUAUCUCUAUUAUUGCAGUGAAGUUACCUUAUGGUGGCUUUGUUUACAUUUUAGUUACCUCCUGAGUAGCACAUGCCUUGCAGAAACAUAAAUGCACUGAUUAUGGUAAAGAGCUAGCUUAAAAAAAAUGCAAAUUGCCAGAUACUCACUGGUGGGGUUUUUGAAUGAAUAUAGGAGGAAGCCAUUUCUUUAAUUUUGCACUAUUGCUGUUUCAUAUUUUCACUUUAAUUUUUGUCUUUGCCCAAUCUUCACCUAAAACUUUUCCUCAGAAGAUUUUCUUUAGGCUUCUGAAUUUCCUUCCCCUAUAAGAGGCACUUUCUGUUUGUUGCUCACAUUGCAUAAUGUAAUUAUGUCAAAUUCUUGUUUAUAAAUAAUUCGUCAGAAUUUUUCUCUGGGGAGGUUUUGUAUUAGGCAUAUCUGAUUUUAGCAUCUGUAAAUGGACUUUUGUGCAUUUGUAACACGACUUAAAUAUACUUGUUGUUUUGGAUGCUCA